AUGUCAGCGACAGAGCUGGAGCCUGGACCAGCAAGCGGCGCCCUCUUGCCGGACCCGCUGGCAGGCAGAGCUAUAGGUCAGCGUGUGGAAUGCCCGCUUCGCGCGUCACAGCUCUUUGACGAGGCGUUGAAACUGUUACAGGAGCUUCGCGCGGAGAAAGCGCUCACUGGCACCGUCGGCGCUGUUCUGCUCGUCAAGGACAGGGCUGACGCAGACAGUUUGAACUUGCGCAUCGACGAAGCUUAUGGCAUCGCUGGAGAGGCCGAGGCUGACACGAGUGUGGAGCAGGCGUAUGUCGCUGCUGAUGUGGACGGCGUCGUUGAGCAGCUCGAGAAGAUGACGCAGGAGACGUUAGCGGUCUGCGUGCUGCCCUCGGCAGAGGAGGAGUUGCAACUGGAACUUCCCUGCGCCACUCUCGCGCGCCUGGAGAGGUGUGACGUGUGGUUUGUAAGCCGCCGAGAUGCUACCGUUCUUUGCACUUCCGAUGGACCACUGCGCAACAACAUCCGUUUCGAGGGCAUGGCCUGCAAUCUUCCAACCCAGGCAUCGCUGCCCUUGCCCGGCGAGGUGAUCAUGGGAGGCGCAGCCGCUGCCACCGGAGCCGGUGUUGCAGCACUGGCACAGGCAGGGACACUGGCGGCCACGACCAACGGCCUCGU